AUUCUUAUGUAUUUUCUUUUAUGUUUUAUACUCUUUAUUCCAUUUAUUCUGUCGGAUUUUGCAUAUGACUUGGAGAAACUUACGUUAACACAUAAAUGUGACCUUCAAUGCACAUUCAACCACUCCGAGAUCACUUCGAAAACCACCGAAUUUUUCCCAACAAAUUGCGAGACUGUUUGCGGAAUAUUAACAUUCAAUUCUAACACAGACAUGUCACCGUCUCAACUCAAACAACUUUUCAAAAACCUGAGAACGUUGUCUGGUGGAUUGCGAUUCGAAAACACAAAUCUUACAAAUUUAUCGGUUUUCUACGAGAAACCCGGAUGCAAAUUCUGCACAGAUUUCAAGUUCAAUUGCAAAACUUUUGGACUUUCCGUGAUCAACAACUCCGUUUUGAAAAAUGCAGAUAUUUUUCAUAAAUUUGAACUAGAAACCGACGAGCAAUCGAAAGAAUGCGCGGUACGGUUUGAGAAUAAUACAAAAUUGGAUGCCAGGGAUCUUUGCGAAUAUGACCCUUUUGGCAAGCUGUUCAGUGUGAUUUUCAGAGGAAAUUCCAAGGAUUGCGGUUGCCGCGGCGACCAGAUCACUGCCGAUUCUAUGAAAAAACUACGAAAAUGCUCAGUAAUUUUCACUCUAAACUUGACAAACAUCUCUAAAUUCGACGCGGAUUUUCUGGAUCUUUCGCGAAUCUACGAAGUACGUGGAUUGGUGGAGAUUCGCGGCACUGACGUCACAAAUUUGUCGUUUUUGAAGAAGCUGGAAGAGAUUCGUUCGAAUAAUGGGGUGACACAUGAGAAUGUUCUUUUUAACAUUCGCGAUAAUCCGAAUAUGACAACAUUUGGAAUGCCGGUGUUGAAUAUUCUUUCCGACGAAACCAAAGGCCCAUUUAUCAUGAACCUGGAGAAUCUACAUCCUGACUUUUGUCUAACAUUUCACGAAAUGAUCGGGUUUCUGGACGCUCAAGUCUAUUUUAAAAAUAUUCAUGCAAACUAUUGCCUGGACGGUGUAUCUUUUAGCGAAUCUCUAUGUCAGUUUUUCAAUAUGAGCUCUCUUCCCGAAAAGUGCACUUAUAUAUAUGGAAAUGUGGAAAUUAACGCUGGAGAUGAAGAAUAUGUAUAUAAAUUGAGUUAUGUAUCCGAUAUAUACGGGUCCUUGUCUAUCAAGAACACAAUUUUAAAAGAUCUAAACUUUUUGAGUAGACUCAUGUAUAUAGCAUUAUUGGAAGAAAAUCGAUAUGUUAUUCAAAUUAUAUCAAAUCCAUUUCUCUACAAAGCAAGAUUGCCUAUGAUUUCGGUGAGGUAG